AUGUCUGAACAAGAGGAACUUGCCGAUUUGGAUGGACUUUGGAAUUCUUCAGCCAAUCAGUUCAGCUCCACCAAGAUCGCCAUCCCAGUGGUCUUCUCCAUCAUCUUUCUGUUGGGCACCGUUGGCAACAGUCUGGUUUUGGCUGUGCUCCUGCAGAACAGCCAGAGGGGCUGCAACCAGACCCACCUCUUCAUCUUCAACCUGAGCUUGGCCGACUUCUUCUUCAUCGUCUUCUGCGUGCCCUUCCAGGCCACCAUCUAUUCCACGGAGGGCUGGGUCUUUGGCGCUUUCAUGUGCAAAGUGGUCCAUUUCCUCAUCUACCUUACUAUGUAUGCCAGCAGUUUCACCUUGGCUGCCGUCUCGGUGGACAGGUAUUUGGCCAUUCGCUACCCGUUACACUCCCGGGAAUUACGUACUGCCUACAGUGCGGUGAUGACCACAGCGAUCAUCUGGGGCCUCUCCAUGAUCUUCUCAGGGCCCUACCUGAGCUACUACCACUUGGUUCGAUGGGAGGAGAGCUACAUCUGCAUGCCAGGCUGGGAGGGAUGGAAGCGCAAGAUCUUAGAGACCAGCACUUUCGUCUUUGGCUACAUCAUCCCGGCUGUUAUUGUCUGUCUCUCCUACUGCAGGACAAUUAAACAUCUCUGGAUAUCAGUGGAUCCUUUAAUGGACAUGUCAGAGUCUAAGAAGUCUAAGUGGAAAGUGACUAAAAUGAUCAUCGUUGUGACCAUCCUCUUCUGCUUCUGUUGGCUGCCCUACCAUGUGGUUGUCCUCCACUAUCUCUACGGAGACUUCCCUUUCAACCAAACCACCUACGCUUUGCGCCUGCUCUCCCACUGCAUGGCAUAUGCCAACUCUUGCCUCAACCCCAUCGUCUACGCCUUGAUCUCCAAGCACUUCCGCAAAGGGUUCAAGAAGGUCUUUAGAUGCCUGCUGAGGAGGAAACCAUGGAACAGAGUCCAAGUAGUCCAUAGUAUUCUUAUCAAGCCUGGUGUUGAAGUGGCCUCCACACAUAUUUGCUAG